AUGGCGACGAUCCGCCCCAUCGAGGCCAAGGACGAGUCGCGCUGGCGCGAGCUCUGGGAAGGCUACAACCAGUACUACGAGCGGACGAUUGCAGAGGACGCCACAGCGCUCACGUUCAAGCGCAUGCUGGACCCAAACGUGGAGCUCUACGGCGCAGUCGCCGAGGAGCCGGACGGGCAGCUGUCCGGGUUCGUGACCUGGAUGCCGCACAUGUACACGGGGACGGUGAACGACAUUGUGUACCUGCACGACCUGUUUGUGGACCCCAACGUGCGCAACAAGGGCACGGGGCGCAGACUCAUGGAGCACGUCUUUGCCGAGGCCGAGAAAGCGGGCGCGUGCAAGGUGUACUGGCUCACGCAGCACUUCAACCACCGCGCGCAGCUGCUGUACACCAAGGUCGGGGAGAAGACGCCCUUCGUCCACUACACGCACACCUUUGGGAAGAAGUAG